AGGACUUGGUUCUGGGUUUGAAUUGCUGAUUUUUUUUUUUUUUCUGAGUUUAUGAAGGUAAGAGCUGUGCUGCCAUGGGACCCAAGAAGACUGCUGCUGCGGAGGCCGGCGAGAGGAAGGAGAAGGUGACGCUGGAAAUGAAGAAGGAGAUCAUCUGGAAGCACGACGGUGGAAUGCGUGUGACAGACCUCGCCAGGGAGUACGGCAGGAACCCAUCGACCAUCGGCACCAUCCUGAAGAUGAGGGAGAAGAUCGUUGCGACUGAUGCAGCCAAGGGAGUCACCAGGAUCGUGAAGAACCGCCCAGCUGUUCUGGAGGAGGUCGAGAAGUUGCUGCUCAUCUGGUUAGAAGAGAAGCAGCGUGCAGGGGACACAGUGACUGAGGCCGUCAUUUGUGAGAAGGCCAAGGCCUUGCACGCAGACCUCGUCCAGCAACAUCCAGGAACCUCAGGCGAGCCAGAAGUCUUCAAGGCAAGCAGAGGCUGGUUUGACCGGUUCAAGGCAAGAUCUGGAAUCCACAGCGUGGUCAGGCAUGGAGAGGCUGCCAGUUCUGAUGUUCCUGCGGCUGAAGACUUUGCAGCGGAGUUCCUGGAGGCUGUGAAGGCGGAGGGCUACGUUCCACAGCAGGUCUUCAACUGCGACGAGACCGGGCUGUUUUGGAAGAGGAUGCCCAAAAGGACUUUCAUCACACAGGAGGAGGCCAAGUUGCCUGGCCACAAGCCCAUGAAGGACCGUCUGACCCUGCUCUUCUGUGCCAACGCAAGCGGCGACCUGAAGAUCAAGCCCCUGCUGGUGUACCACUCGGAGAACCCACGGGCCUUCAAGAAACACAAGGUCGACAAGGAGCAGCCGAGUGUCAUGUGGCGAUCCAACAGUAAGGCUUGGGUCACACGUGUGCUGUUUGUGGACUGGGUCAAUCUUGCUUUUGGCCCUGCUGUCAAACAGUACCUGCUGGACAACGACCUGCUGCUGAAGGCUUUGCUUCUGAUGGACAAUGCUCCUGCUCAUCCUAAAGGCCUUGAGGUGGACUUGUUGGAGGAGUUCAGCUUCAUCAGAAUCAUGUUCCUGCCGCCUAACACCACGUCACUGCUCCAGCCGAUGGAUCAGCAGGUCAUCGCCAAUUUCAAAAAACUCUACACCAAGGAGCUUUUCAGGCGAUGCUUCGAGGUGACUGAUUGCACCACCAUCACCCUGCGGGAAUUCUGGAAGGACCACUUCGACAUCGUCACCUGCUUGAAGAUGAUCACCACGGCCUGGAACGGGAUCAGCCAGAGAAAUUUGAAUUGUGCUUGGCGCAGCCUGUGGCCGGACUGUGUGGCACCAAGUGACUCUGAUGCACCAGAGUCAACAGUGGUGCAGGACAUUGUUGCCUUGGGGAGGACCAUGGGCCUGGAGGUCACAGAGGAGGACGUCAGCGAGCUGGUGGAGGAGCACGACCACGAGCUGACCACCCAGGAGCUGGUCGAACUGCAGGCAGAGGUUGCGCAGGAGCAGGCCUCGCUGGAAGAGGAGGAAGCAACUGAGGAAUGGCUGUCCUCCAAAGAACUGAGGGACAUUUGCCAGAAGUGGAAGGAGGUGCAGGCUUUUGCACAGCGGCACCACCCUAACAAGCACGUGGCACAUGACCAGGCGAACACUUUUGAUACGACGGUCAUAUCGCCUUUCAGGGAGCUGCUGAAAAGGCGGAUGAAGCAGCAGACCAUGGACAGGUUCCUCAGCAAGAAGCAAAGAGUGGAAGAGGAACCUUCUUCGAGUGGGAAACCCUUUUUCGGGGUUCCGAAGCGACGUGGGGUGAGUGGCGCAGUGUUUUGAAUCGACCACUACUUUUACGGAGUGAAGCCGCACAGCCGUUGCCGGAGAGCGCUGACUUUUUCCUGUGGACAAUUGGACUCUAAACAAGUAUCCGUGAGUAGAACGGAAAAUUGGAUUAUAAAACGUCGU